ACUUUAACACGAUAAUUUACAGUUGUUUAGUACUGAGCCUAUGUGGCUGUUUGUUUGUUUGUUUAUUUAAUCAGGCAAACGUGAUUGCUACCUGUAAAGAGGUCCCCAGAUGCAGCAGCUUUGUUUUGAUCAAUAUAACUCAUACUUUGUUUGUAUUAGCGACGCAUUCUUGUCCCGGAAGUAGAUCUUUCACAUGGCUCAGUAUGGCGCAUGCGCAGAGAGAUGACCGGUCGGGUCAGGAUGGCUGAAAAUGGUGCACAGCUCUUAGCCAGGAUCGAGGGGAGACGAUCGCUCCGACACAUCGAUCGCCACAUUUUUCCUAUGAAUGGUGGUCCAGUUCAAGGUGAUGUCAUUGAGUUUCAUGGAGUAGAAGGAAGCGGUAAGACAGAGAUGUUGUACCACCUCCUGAGCCACUGUAUCCUCCCCACACACAGCGGAGGGCUGGAGGUGGAGGUCGUCUUCAUAGACACAGACUACCACUUUGACAUGCUGCGUCUGGUGAGCGUCCUGGAGGCCUGUCUGUCCCCGUCACCUCCAGAGAGCGAGACGGAUGUGCAGGUGGACACAGAGGUGGUCCGUUCCAGCUUAGGUCGCCUGUCUGUGCUGCAUUGCUCCAGCUCCGUCCAGCUCCUCCUUACGCUGCAUUAUCUGGAGGGAACUCUGUGCACCCGGCCCACCCUCUGCCUGCUCGUCAUAGACAGCAUCUCCGCCUUCUAUUGGAUAGAUCGCGCCAGCGGUGGUGAUAGCCUGGCUCGACAGGAGGCCAAUAUGAGAAAAUGCACAGAGAUCCUGGAUAAGCUCAGGAGAGACUACGGCCUUGUCGUUUUUGCCACCACGCAUGCGGUCAUGAAAAAUUAUUCAUCCGGCUCGACGGCUUCUGGAUCGUCAGAGCCGUGGAAAUGCAGCUCGGACUUCGACAAGCAGUAUCUCUGUCGAGCCUGGCAAAAGAUUCUCACACACAGACUUCUGUUCUCCAAAAGUGUCCAAAGUAGCGUUCCUGAGGAGAACAAACAGCUUUUCUCAGUGGCUUGUAACACUGUAAGGACUAAAGGUGUUCAUCGAUGUGUGUUUUAUGUCACAGAAGCUGGAGUUCAGUUUACCGAGUGACACACACACAUCUGUGCACAUCUGUUAUUAAAUCCUUUUAAUCGGACGUUUCGGGGGACCGAAUAACGGCGUGUGUUCGGGGUCUGAACUUUGAAAGAAGUCAAAUUUUUAACAAGGAAAACAAAAUCAUCUUAAAGACAGAUUCUGAGCGAUAUCUUACCGAUCAGAGGCCUCGUCGCCCAUUUCGUCUGUAUUCGGUGAUAACUACAGAUUUUUCUCUUUUCUUAAAUGUUAUUUUGAUACACAAAACUGUACUGGAUUUUAAUAAAGACACUUGAAAUUA